CCGACGUGCACCUCAUUGCCGUCCCCUCCAUCGCCGCUGCUAGACUCCUAGCCGCCGCCUCUCAACUAGUUUUCUGUUGGGUGGAUUUUCAAAAACCCCCAAUGCGCCAAACGCCAUAGCUCGCUCGAUAGUUGACAGAAUUGAGUGAUUCGACUUGCAAAAGAACGCUCUUGGUGUCAGCUACAACGUCGUAAAAUUUCGGACUGUUUCAUCGCUUGGAUUGUCAGAUAUCGCUUUCCGAAGUUUGCACACUUUCCUGGAUCACUCGCGCUGCCACCACUGAAGUUGAGCAGCUCUUCCUUACUCAGCGUCGUGAGUUCCUCGUGCUCCAUACUGAUUACCUGAUCGCGUUGGAGGAACACGAGCGGUCGGCAACCCUCCGCACUCAGCAUGCCGCUACCGCCGCCGCUUAUGCCGCUGACUCUGCGCGAUUUGCUGAGCAUCUACCGUCUCCUCGAAGGCCUCUCCCCUCAAUAUGAAGUGCGUGUCAUCGCCUUCACUGAGGCUCAGCCCCACGCCUCCCUUGACACUGUGGUCCAAUGGAUCAUUAACGCUGAGGCCCGCCUUCUCUCAACCCCCCCCUCCGGCCUGAACUCCACCGAGUCCCAAAACCCCCAGCUUGCAGUCACACAGCCGCGUCGUGGCGAGCUCCUCUGUCGCUGACCCCAUAACUCCCCAGGAGCUGCA